AGGGAGGAGGCGGUGGUGGAAGAGGUGGCGGCGGUGGCGGUGGUCGUAGCGGUGGCGGAGGAGGCGGGUACGAAUCAGCUGCGGGCGGAGACAUGGCCAACAUCGCGGUGCAGCGAAUCAAGCGGGAGUUCAAGGAGGUGCUGAAGAGCGAGGAGACGAGCAAAAAUCAAAUUAAAGUAGAUCUUGUAGAUGAGAAUUUUACAGAAUUAAGAGGAGAAAUAGCAGGACCUCCAGACACACCAUAUGAAGGAGGAAGAUAUCAGCUAGAAAUAAAAAUACCAGAAACAUAUCCAUUUAAUCCCCCUAAGGUCCGGUUUAUCACUAAAAUAUGGCAUCCUAAUAUUAGUUCCGUCACAGGGGCUAUUUGUUUGGAUAUCCUGAAAGAUCAAUGGGCAGCAGCAAUGACUCUCCGCACGGUAUUAUUGUCAUUGCAAGCCCUGUUGGCAGCUGCAGAACCAGAUGAUCCACAAGAUGCAGUAGUAGCAAAUCAGUACAAACAAAAUCCUGAAAUGUUCAAACAGACAGCUCGACUUUGGGCACAUGUGUAUGCUGGAGCACCAGUUUCUAGUCCAGAAUACACCAAAAAAAUAGAAAACUUAUGUGCUAUGGGCUUUGAUAGGAAUGCAGUAAUAGUGGCCUUGUCUUCAAAAUCAUGGGAUGUAGAGACUGCAACAGAAUUGCUUCUGAGUAACUGAGGCAUAGAGAAAGAGCUGCUGAUAUAGUCAAGCUUGCCCUUUCUUGAGGAGCAUCAACAUCUGUUAUUUUUAGGAUUCUGCAUAGAUUUCUUUUAAACUGGCAUUCUUGCCUAAUGAUGUUAUCUAGGCACCAUUGGAGACUGAAAAAAAAAUCCCUGCUCUGUAAAUAAAGCUAAUUAAACGUCUGUGUAAAUUUAAAAA